GGGUGGGGCGGCGCGGGCGAGCGCGCGGGAAGGCGGCGGCGCGUGUGUGUGCAGGGCUUGGCCCAUGGGAAGGGACUGCUCCCUGUGAGGCACAGCAAGCAGGUGUCCCCAGCCCCUGUCCCGCCGCAGCCGCCAUGGAGGUGAGCCACUCGGUGAAGGAGCGCACCAUCGCCGAGAACAGCCUGGUGAUCCUGCUGCAGGGCCUGCGUGGCCACGUCACCACCGUGGAGCUGCGCGACGAGAGCGCGGCCGCGGGGCGCGUCACCAGCGUGGACGCCUUCAUGAACGUGCGCCUGGCCGAGGUGACCUUCACGGACAGGCAGGGCGCCGUGUCCCGCCUGGACGAGCUCUUUGUGACCGGCAGGAACAUCCGCUACGUGCACAUCCCCGACGAGGUGGACAUCCGGGCCACCAUCGAGGAGCAGCUGCAGGCCAUCCACAGGGUGCGCUACCUCGGGGCCCGUGACAAGGGACGCAGGGAGUUCCUCCCUGCCAAGCACAAGUGAGGGCCUGGCGCUGCCCACGGCAGCCAGGAUGGACCUGGGUGGAUGUGCCCCUUUGAGGGACUGCCAGCUCUCUGUUCCACCCAGUGACGUCUCCCAAGGGACGUUUUCCCCCAAGGACUUGGGGCUCUGCUGUUCCCCCCCACCUGCAGAGGAGCAGGACUGUUUUUUGUAGUGAAUAACACCACUUAAAGGCUC